AUGAACACAAGCAGACAUCAGGACAGCUUGAAUGAUGCCUUCACAAAGAACUUCAUCUCCUUUGCUGUCGGCCUCAUCAUCAACUGCAUUAAUGGGAUGUUUGUCUACACCUAUUUUAAGAGCAAGGUCUUCCAGCAAGACCCCAGGUACGUGCUUUACAUUCACCUGGUCAUCAAUGACAUGAUUAUGCUGACAGUUUCUGUCAUGCUGCAAAUCCUCACCUACACCAUCCCCAUUAUGUUUGGUCCCUGCUGCUUCCUGCUGCUCAUCAUCAUCACAACCAACAAGAACAGCCCUCUGAAUCUGGCCAGCAUGGCGGUGGAACGUUACAUUGCUGUUUGCCAGCCUCUCCGGCACUCUCAGGUCUGUACCGUGCAGCGAACCUACGCUCUGAUAGCGCUCAUCUGGGCGGUCUCCUUCAUCCCCGCCAUCACAGAUGUCAUCAUCAUCCUCACCCCCCAGCCCCUCUCUGUCUUCUCGAGCAAAGUCCUCUGUUACCCCUCCUAUGUGUACAACACACCGUACCAUGAGGCACAGAGUUUGGUUGUCCAGGUUCUCCUGUUCUCCUUCGUCUUCCUCACUCUGAUCAUCACCUACCUGAAGGUCCUCUGCGCUGCCCAGGCUGUUGCUGCUUCUAACCGGGCCUCAGCCAAAAACGCCCACAACACCAUCCUGCUGCAUGGAGUCCAGCUCCUCCUCUGCAUGCUGUCAUACAUUUCCCCCUUCAUCAACCUCAUUUUAGUCACAGCGUGGCCCCGUGACAGCACCAAAAUCUUUUUUUCCACGUUUCUGUUCACCAACGUGCUUCCACGUCUGCUCAGUCCGCUCAUCUACGGCGUCAGAGACAGGAAGUUCAGCAGCCACUUCAGGCUGCACUUCAGGUGUGAAUGUGCUGAAUCUCUGAAGAAGAGCAGGAAGCAGAUGGUGGCAUCCCAGAGAAGCUCUACAUGA